GAGAAACAGAAGUAGAAGCAAAAGGGGGAGCUAGAUUAAGAAACAGUGAUGCAAACGGAUGAGACGAAGGCAAAUGUUAAGAUAAAAAAAAAAAAAAAGUCUGCACUUUCACCCUUAGUGUUUAAAAACUCUGCUAUCGCGUGCUGAUGUGAGUUAACGCUGUGUAUCUCAGCACCACCAGACACACCUGACUUUGUAUGUGGUGAAAAGCGGUUCUUCAUGGCGCGCUGCGUCUUUCACGUCAACUGGAUUCUUAUCAUCCAGCUGUGGCUCUCACUACUAAUCACCGUUAAUACAGAUGGAAAUAAUAUAGACUGUUUCCCAUCUAUCAUGGUGCCACGGAACACAGUGUGGAAAGCACAUGAAAUGAAUUCCCUGAUGAUCAACUGUACUGUUGUCAGUGAAACACACUGUUGGAACAACAUAAAAGUCACAUGGUGCAGAAUUGAAGAAAACAAUGAAUGCAAACAUCUGAAUCAAUCCAAUCACACAGAAACUGAAUGGAGAAACAUUACUGAGAGGAAAAGAUUGUUGUUUCUGAUAUUCCAAAACAUAUCCAUGCAUGAUGCUGGUCUUUACAGAUGUGAGAUGAUAUCACCUACAUCCAGUAUGAGUCAUGCUAUCAAUGUGACUGUGACAGAUUAUGUUCCAGAUUGUAGCACUGCCUCUAACAAUCCGGAAAGCCAACAAAACAAUACAACAAACAGUUUGAAUAUGACGGCUGUAAAUCCGUCACGGCUGCUGUCCUACGUGUAUAUCUGCAGUGGGGUUGGGCUGCUGAUCUUCAUAGUCAUUGUGUCUGUAAUUGUUGUCCGGUGUCGAGGAAAGAAGAAAUCAAUUAAAAAAACAAUACACGAGAAUCAGUCCACAGGAACCCCGGUGAUGGAUAUUGCUCCACCCGUAUAUCCCAGGGAGUUUCCACGUAAAACCCAAACUCUUCCUGCCCAAGUCAGUCCUCCACAAUCCUGCACCUAUGACACGCCUCCUGUCAGAGUUAGAGUUACAUCACUAAGAGACAGAUCAUCAGCGGGAAGACAUCCUGUCAGUCGGGGACCACCAAGACGAUGCCACGACCAUCAGGAAGUGGAAGAUGUGAAAGAGGUUGAAGAAGAAAAUCCUUUGAUAUAUGCCACCCUCAAUCACGAGGCUGCGCCACAGAGACCUGUUCGAGUCGCUCAUGUACAGAUUGAAGCGUCAGAAUAUGCUGCCAUUAAAGUGACAUAACUCUAAGUGCUAAUGCUACAGAAACUUGACUGAACACAGUUUUGUGUUAACUGUUUUAAGCCAGUCUGGGGUUAUGUAUUUUGUUGUAGGCUUGUCAGAUGUCUGCACAGGCAGCACUGGCCUAUAUGUUGAACAAAUUCAGUCUGUAUUGCGUGUGACAGCAUGUUCAGCGUGGAAUGAGGGCAAGCUGUCAGCGAUGAUUAAGAUAAAAACAAGGUGCUUACCAGCUGUGACCGUGAUGACCUACAUCCAUGCCAACCGAGACAAUGCCGAUGUCCGUGCCAAGCAAACACCCAAGCCCAUGCCAAGUGAGAUCAAGACAAGACCAAGACUCAAAACAACUCAAAUCAAUACAAGGUCAAGACCCAUACCAGUAAAGACCAAGACAAGAGUAAGGGCCAUACUAAGCAAAACCAAGAGAAGACGUAGGCCAUUACCAAUGAGAACAAGAAAAGUUCCAAACCCACACCAGCUGAGAUCAAGGCAAGACCAAGACUCAUAGCAACUGAGAUAAAGACAAGACCAAGACCCAUAGCAACUGAGAUCAAGGCAAGACCAAGACUCAUAGGAACUGAGAUUAAGACAAGACCAAGAUCCAUGCCAACUGAGAUCAAGACAAGACCAUGAUCCAUUCCAACUGACAUCAAGACAAGACCAUGAUCCAUUCCAACUGACAUCAAGACAAGACCAAGAUCCAUUCCAACUGAGAUCAAGACAAGACCAUGAUCCAUUCCAACUGACAUCAAGACAAGACCAUGAUCCAUUCCAACUGAGAUCAAGACAAGAUCAAGAUCCAUUCCAACUGAGAUCAAGACAAGACCAAGAUCCAUUCCAACUGACAUCAAGAUGAUGAAACAAAUAAUUAUCACUCAUAUUAAAGACUUAUUAUCAAGACCAGACAAUAUUCGGACAAAAUAGACCAAGUACAAAAGACCAAGAUCAGGAUAUAGUGACUUCAAGAACUUAAAGGUUUUGGUUUUAAGACGUAAUGUACCAGUUGGUCAACCCUGAUUGUCAUUAAGCACACAGAAAGUGAAUACAUGGAUUUCCAAAAGCACUGAAAUCAUGUGUUGCUGUUUCAGAAAUACAUCUAAAUCCUGUGUAAAACGGAUGAACUUGUUGAGAUUUAUUUAACACAGAUUUGGAUAUGAGGCGACAUUAAUUGAGAAAAUAGUUGGUAGGAAAGAAAAAGCAUUCAGUCCAAACCUGCUUCAGCUUUAAGAAUGAUCAGUGUAUGAAGUUUAAUUAUUAUUUCUUUACAAGGUUUGUUCAUGACUAUAUAUGUGUAUAAUAGUGCAGGUAUAAAGCACUGUUUUUACUAAUAUUGUUAUUUUCCUACAUGGGGCAUGAAUCUUAAAAUAAUUUUUGAUUGUUCUGAGAAAAUGUAUGUUUUAUGAUUAACUUCAAAAACGAAUGUAUGAUUUUCUUCGAGUGAAACAGUGAGUGUUUAAUAUAAAGCUAAAUCUGCUGCAGUGCUUCAUGUUCUAUCUCCUUACAGUCGUUUUUAAGCACAAUAGGCAUUAACUUCAAAAUCUGUAUUCUCGCUAGUUGUAAGGUUUGCUUUCGAACGUUACAUGCGGUUUUACUAGAUAAAGUUUAGGUCUCAUUUUUCCCUCAUCGUUUUCCCUCAUCGUCUGUCUUCCCCCAAUCACGAGCCGUACAUCCUUAGUAUGAAAAUAUACCUGCACUGCUUUCAGAGGUGGACGAAGUACACAACUUCCUUACUUGAGUGAAAGUACAAAUACUACUGGUCAAACAAUACUACAUUACAAGUAAAAGUUGUAAAGACAGAUUUUUACUUAAGUAAAAGUACAGAAGUUCUUGUUUUUAAAAGUACUUAAGUAUCAAAAGUAAAUGUCAACACAUUGUUUUAUUAUUGUUGCAUUGUUGUAUGCAAUACUUACAGUACCUUUUGUAGCAACCUAGCAACCUUAUUUCUUGAAAUUGUGAUGAUUAUGGCUUACAGAUAAGGAAAACCCAAAAUUCUGUAUCUCAGAAAAUUAGAAUAUUACAUAAGAUCAAUAAAAAAGGAUAUUUCAAAGAGAAAUGUCAGACUUCUGAAAAGUAUGUUCGUUUCUAUGCACUCAAUACUUGGUUGGGCCUUUUGCAUGAAUUACUGCAUCAGUGCGGCGUGGCAUGGAGGCAAUCAGCCUGUGGCACUGCUCAGGUGUAAUGGAAGCCCAGGUCGCUUUGAUAGCAGCCUUCAGAUCAUCUGCAUUGUUGGGUCUGGUGUCUCUCAUCUUCCUCUUGCCAAUACCCCAUAGAUUCUCUAUGGGGUUCAGGUCAGGCAAGUUUGCUGGCCAAAGCACAGUAACACCAUGGUCAUUGAACCAGCUUAUGGUACCUUUAGCAGUGUGGGCAGGUGCCAAGUCCUGCUGGAAAAUGAUAUCAGCAUCUCCAUAAAGCUUGUCAGCAGAAGGAAGCAUGAAGUGCGCUAAGAUUUCCUGGUAGAUGGCUGCAUUGACUGUGGACUUCAGAAAACACAUUGGACCAACACCAGCAGAUGACAUGGCAGCCCAAAUCAUCACUGACUGUGGACACUUCACACUGGACUUCAAGCAACAUGGAUUCUGUGAAUCUCCACUCUUACUCCAGACUCUGGGACCUUGAUUUCCAAAUGAAAUGCAAAACUUACUUUCAUCUGAAAAGAGGACUUUGGACCACUGAGCAACAGUCCAGUUCAUUUUCUCCACAGCCCAGGUAAGACGCUUCUGACAUUGUCUCUGGUUCAGGAGUGGCUUGACACGAGGAAUGCGACAUUUGUAGGCCAUAUCUAGGAUUCGUCUGAAGCUCCCCAAAUUCUUGAAUGGAUUUUGCCUGACAAUCCUCUCAAGGCUGCAGUUAUCCCUUUUGCUGGUGCACCUUCUCCUACCACACUUUUUCCUUCCACUCAACUUUCUAUGAAUAUGCUUGGAUACAGCACUCUGUGAACAACCAGCUUCUUUAGCAAUGACCUUUUGUGGCAUACCCUCCUUGUGGAGGGUGUCAAUGACUGUCUUCUGGAUAACUGUCAAGUCAGCAGUCUUCCCCAUGAUUGUGUAGCCUACUGACCCAGACUGAGAGACCAUUUAAAAGCUCAGGAAACCUUUGCAGGUCUUUUGAGGUAAUUAGCUGAUAAGGGUGACACCAUGACUUUCCAAUAUUGAACUUUUUCACAAUAUUCUAAUUCUCUGAG